AUGAAGCGUGCCAGGAAGCAAGCCAGAAAGAAUGCCGAGGAGGAGGCCCGGGAGCAAGCCCGAGAGCGAGCCUGGGCGCGAGCAAUCCAACCAUCCAAACCCCGCCUCCCUACUUGGCCUGCCGACCAUAUUCCGGUGGAGAUAUUCAACUCGAUUAUCCAAUUCCUCCCUCGCAAAGACGUACAGAGCAUGCGUUGUGUGAACCACGAGUUCGACUCCAAGCUUUCAGAGACCUACUUCAAUAUCGUGGUCGUGCCUUUUCGCCCUGAGUUUGAGGCGACCUAUGGUCUCUUGAAUGUCAACCCACGUCACGACAAGUUUGUAAUUUCGGGUGGCCACCGCGUUUUCCAAGAAUUUGGCCACAAAAUGCGGAAAUUCGCUCUCGCCCUCGAGGUGAAUGAGCGCGAUUUAGGUAGCCCUCCCGUCAAGGUCAACCAGGAGAUCAUCCGCGCGCCUUGGGGUCUCUACCGCUGGCCGAUUAUGAGUUACCAGCGCUACUCACAGCUCGAAGGCUUGGAGCAUCUGGCAGACGAGACCGGAUACAUGAAGAAAGCGUUCCAACAUCUCGGCAACGUCACGGACAUUGGCAUUUCGUGCGACGUCGGACUGGGCUGGCUGCACGGCCCCGAUAUCAACCCAUACAUGUCUCCUGACGGCCCAUCCGUCUUCAGACCUACUACUUAUGGAGACGGCGCACCUGAGACUCGUGUCUCCUCCACUUUCAUCAAUGACUGGGAGCCAUCUCCCAGCCUCAAGAUGCUCAGGCAGAUGGCAUUGAAUGCGGGUUAUUCCGUGGAGGAGUGGCCCCUCGUGAUCUUGCGCCUCCUCGAGGACGAGGGCUGCGAAGGUAUCAUCGAGUGGGAAGACGUGGAGCAGCCUGAUGGCCAGAUCGCUCGCACGCGCCUUUCCAGACUCGCAGCUGGUGAGACUACCGACACGCGGGUCAUCAUUCAGCAUAUCGAGCAGGCGAUCAAUCUCGAGGACAUGGCCCGAGCCGGCAGCACCCCGGAGACACAGCCGGGGCAAAAACUCCUUCCCCUUGACCUCACUAUAGCGCAGGCAGAGAUGCUGCUGGAGCUCGAGUGGGCUCAUCGUGCCCUCAUGCAAUCGUACCGCAUCGCGGUCAUGGACAACAAGGACUCGUUCCAGAACCUCCGCCAGCUCACCAUUGCGCGCUGCUCUGGUUGCCACAUUGCAACAUGGUGCAACAGUUCGUUCUGGGAGACCAUGACCUGUAUCGAGACACUUCACCUGGGCGUGAUUGCUGACUGGCGCGAGGUUCACAAGCAAUCAAGUGGUCAUGUCGUUGAGCGUCGUAAAUCCCCACUUUUCACCUGCGGCAGUGUCUUUAAGCUCCUGCAGGACUAUGUUGGCGAGCAGCCCAACAUCAGACAUGUCUCUUUUGAGUGGAUCUGUGGCGGCGAGUAUGCCAUGGGCAAGAGCCAGCGUGAUCGCUACAUCCUGCCAGCUCCUGUUGUCUCCAGAGUCGAGCACAUGACCUCUUCCCAGCAUGUGAUGGAGCCACAUGAAGUUCUCCACCUUCCCUAUGUGCAGAGGCUGUCUCUCAAGAACUGCUGGUUCUCUCCACAUGUGUUCCUGUGCUUCUUCAAGCACAUGGGCAUGGAGGCUCUUGUCCACGUCAACCUGAACUCUGUGUCCCUCUCAGGACCCGUAAGCACAGGCCCAGAGGUCCGCAUCUAUCCCCACACGUCUGCUGGUGAACCCAAACCUACUCAUUGGCCCUGGCCGCUCUGUGCUGGAGCUGAGCCUGGAACCUGGUUUCUCCUUGAGAACCCCCUCGACAACACUCCCAACCCUGCUUGGACAUGGCUUCCUGGUGCUGCUGGACAUGUGCCUGCUCCUGGUGUUGGUGUUGGUGGCGGCGGCGGUGUUGGUGGCGUCGUCCCUAUGCAGCUAGCAGCUCCCCCUCAGGCUGCUGCUGCCCCUCCACCCCAGGCGGGAGGAGCUCAGGCAGCGGCCCACGCCACUGGAAUCGCAGUGAACUCGGGCAUUCCUCCUAUCCUGAACGAGGUGGUCGUGUACCCUCUUCGAUGGCGUGGAUGGUCCUGGCCUCAUAUCCUGGCACGACUGGGAUUGGCGCCAACGGCUAUCCAACUGCUGAACCGUACCGUAGGCGGUCAGGAGUAUCUGCAGGUUCUGGACAAUCUCGAGAAGAAUCUCACGGCGAACUGGUCCCGCAUUUUCCGGGGCCGGGAGGAUAAACAGAGCCUCCAGUCCAUGACUUUCAGAUCCUGCGGCUACGUCUUGAUUGACAUACCCUCCAUCAACAACUGGCAGAUCAUCCCGGACUAUCCAAUCCAUGUCAAGCACACCGAGAGCCUGGUUGGCAAGCUGAGGGAGUACGAUCUCAAGAUGUUGACGUCCGAUGAGGACCUGCUCGCCAAGAUCAUGCCUCACAUCACCGAAAAGGAGAAAUAUCAGAUGCGGGCCGUCUUUGGCUUUGGCUUUGGCUGGCAGCGUUACUUUGAGGACACCGUCAUCCAGGCCGCUAUGGCCGAUGGCAAUCCUAAUCCUGGCCAGGGACGCUUCUUUGGUCGGGCGACGAAAGUCCCCACAUCCCUCGAUGCGGACGAAGAGGUCCAGCUAGAGUUGAUGCAGCUCACUUCGCGCGGCCCCUAG